AUGGCACUUUUAGGUGUAACUAACCCUGAAAAGCUGAUUAUUCCGCUCUUUUUCAAUAAAAAAGAACAAGGAGAGCUCAGCAGACUGUUUAGGCCGGACUCUGUGCUGAAACAUUUGAUGGAUCAGUGGAAAGAAGAUACGGUGAAAGCAGGAUUGCAGGAAGAUAUCUCGCUGAUGAAGUAUCUUUACUCGAGGCUGCCACUUGUAAAGAGCUAUUUGGCUGGGAAGCUAAAGAUAAUAGGGCAAAGCUUUGAAGAUAGAAUUGAGGUGGUAGGGAAUUUGGGGGAUAUUUUUGAAAGAUUAUAUGAAGAAGAAUUUCGAAGAAAUUUGGAUUCAAUUGAAAAUGAAAUUUUGAUUUCCACUUUGAAAUAUUAUGCUAUAUUAGAAGAACAUAAAAGAUUGUCACAGGUGAAAUACGAGCACAUCAAGCAAGCUGUUGGACUGAAAAAAGAUAUUGAAGAAAUUUCAAGAAAACUCCAGGAGUACUCAGCUGUGCUGCAGUUUGAGACUUGGGGAGCUGUAAAAUUAAUAAAGCUUGAUGAAUAUAACCCACAGCUAUCAAGGUGUGAAAAAGCAUUACAAGAUAAUAUAAAAAGUUCAAUCUUUCAAGGAACAAAUUUUUCAUCUUUAAAGCUGUGUCAUGCUUUUAAAAUUGAAAAUCAAAUAAAUUUGAAACCAUUUGAACAGAAGCUUAAAGAAAGCCAAAAUUCUGUAUUAAAAGGAAUGUUUUUGAGUGUUAGAAAAAAAACCCUGCCGAGCUUAGUUUUAUUGGGUGCUAAGACAAAUGAAUAUGUUAAUGAAAGGGGAAUCGUCGAUAUAAGAGAAAAAUACUUAUUCCCCUGCCUUUGUGAGCGAACAAAAAAACCAUUGAAAAUCCCUAUUAUUAGGGUAAGAAUCACUCUCUGUGAGUGAACAAAAUUUUUUAGCAUAAAAUUUUUUGAUAAAAAAACAUUAUGAUAUAUUAUUGAUAAUUAGUAUUUAGAUUUUAUCUUAAACAUAAGUUUUUGUAAUUAAGUUAAUUUUUGCUUUCCAGUUUUUGUGAAUUAAAUAUCGAAAAAGUACUAUAGCCCAGGGACUCUUUUGGAUUGGGCUAUCCAGAAGUCAAUCGGAGAGUUGAUUUUACCAACAAUUGCUGGUAAUUUAGCUUUUCAGAUGAUAAACGACCAAUAAGAAGUGUACUUGCCCUCUGUGGAGCUGGCUUUACCAAAAAAUAUUGGCAAAAUCAACCCCAAUUGACGUCGGUAGGCAUCGGGAUAGUCCGAGCCCUAAGAAUGUUCGGGCUAUAUAUAAAUAUUUAAAAAAAUAUUAACCCCCUCCAUGAGCUAACAAAAUUUUUUGCUCGCUCACGGAGAGGGGAGUUACGAAUUCCAGAGUCUAUAGCAAAUAAAAUUAAAUCUGAAACUUAUAUAAAGUCUGGAGAAGGUCUGCCGGAACAAAUUUAUAUGUCAACUAGCAGCACCCUUGAAAAAGACAGAAAAAAAUUAACCUCAGAUAAGAACUGUAUGCUAAUCUUAGUACUUUGCAGAGUAAUCUUGCCGAAGAACAAACAAGAGGCUGGGUACGACCAAAACACUCAAGAAUUCCUGAUCACAGAUUUCAGCACAAUCUACCCAGAGUAUAUCCUCAUCUGCACCAAAGAAAAGUCCUACUUUGAAGUCAUCCCUGAGAAAAGCAUGAUAAUUCCAGCCAAACUUAUGGACCUAUCAUACUCGACACCUCUGACUUCAAAUAAAAUGAAUACAGAAACGUUCUAUAGCAGCGUCACUAAAGCCCUAGAUCAGUCUCAACAGCAACGAAGGAAGCUUAAAUCUGAUCUCAUUUCUCAAUGUGGAUCCUUUAAUACAAAUUUGAAUGUAGCCAAAUGUCAGUCCCUUGCAAUAGACAGUAGAAAGCCAUUUAUUUUCAAACUGAGAUCGAUAAAUGAAUCGCUAAAGCGAGAGCUGUUGAAUGUUCAGAAAUUUAAUGAAACAUUAAGAAAACUCGCAAAGGUAAGAACUAAAUAA